AUGCCUGAAUUUACGGACAUCUUCAUCCGCCGUCCGGUGCUCGCCCUGGUUCUAAGUGCGGUUAUGCUGCUGCUGGGUCUGCAGGCAGCAACCCAGUUGACCCUGCGGGAAUACCCUGAAGUUGAAAAAAGCGUGAUUUAUGUGCGUGCGGUAUUUCCCGGCGCCAGCGCGGAAACUGUUCAAGGGUUUGUCACUACACCGUUACAGCGUCGCAUCGCCGCCGCCAAAGGGGUUGAAUAUGUGACGUCGCAAAGCGAUCCCGGUGUUGCUGAAAUUGAAGUCUGGGUGCGCCUCGGGGAGAACUCAACUGAUGUGUUGGGUGAGGUUAUCACAAAGGUUAACGAAGCCCGCUUUGAGCUGCCUCGUGAGGUCGAAGACCCGGUUGUGAGCAACCGCACUGGCGGUGAUGCCAUGAUGUAUCUGGCUUUGCUCAGUAAACAGAUGUCGGUGCAGCAAAUGGCCGAUUACGCUGCGCGAACCAUUCAACCCGUUCUCAGUACCGUUGAGGGCGUGGGUGAGGCUCGCCUGCUGGGUAGCGGUAUGUUUGCCAUGCGUGUCUGGUUGAAUCCAGCCAGAAUGGCCGCUUACGGCGUUACCGCAACAGAUGUCAACGACGCCAUACGCAGAGACAAUUUUAUUUCUGCAGCGGGUACAACCCGCGGUGAAUAUGUGCGCGCCAGCGUGGAUGCGCAGACAGACGUCCAGGAUCCAUCCCACUUUGCGGCGAUUGUAGUGCGUCAGGAGGGUGAGCAACGGGUGCGCCUGGGUGAUGUUGCCAAUAUUGAGCUGGCCAGCGAGACCUAUGAGUCGCAGGUUUAUUCGAGCGGCCAGGAAACGGUUUUUAUUGCCAUCACUGAAGCGCCUGGCGCGAACCCUUUGCAGAUGGCUGAACGGGUCAAGGCACAGAUAAAAACGCUGGAUGCGCAGUUGCCUGCGGACAUGACUAUUUUUCUCGAUUCAGAUCUGUCCAUCUACAUCGGUGAAGCGCUCAACGAAGUGCAGCAGACUCUCAUAGAAGCCACCAUCAUUGUCGUGUUGGUUAUUCUGUUAUUCCUGGGUUCAUUGCGUGUUGUGGCCAUUCCCAUUGUGGCCAUACCGCUUUCAUUAGUGAGCGUGCUGUUCCUGAUCUGGCUGAUGGGUUUCUCAAUCAACCUGCUGACGCUGUUAGCCAUGGUCAUCGCCAUUGGGUUGGUGGUGGAUGACGCCAUUGUGGUGGUUGAAAACGUGCAUCGACACAUCGAAGAGGGUAAGACGCCCAUGGAUGCAGCGCUGCUGGGUGCCAGGCAGGUGGCGUUACCUGUAGUUGCAAUGACCCUGACCCUGGUGGCCGUGUAUCUGCCGAUUGGUUUUCUCGGUGGUUUGACCGGUGUGUUGUUCAGCGAGUUUGCGCUGACCCUCGCAGGUGCGGUCAUGAUAUCCGGCAUCAUUGCCCUGAUAUUAACGCCGAUGAUGUGUGCCUACUUACUCAAAGAUCAUCAACAUCAGGGUAAGGCUGCACUGUGGCUGGACAAGCAGUUCAACAGAUUGCAUGGGCGCUAUGCCAACGCGCUUGGCCACUGUCUGGAUAAUCGCGGUGCGGUGAUGCUCUUUGCUGUGGGUAUUUUUGUCAGCCUGCCGAUAUUUUAUCAGUUGGCCCAGAAAGAACUGGCGCCGGAUGAAGACAGCGGCAGUAUUUUUGCCAUAGCAACACCUCCAGACUACGGUAGCCUUGAGUACACCACGCUGUUUCUGGAUCAGAUGGUUGAGGCGUGGCGUUCGGUGCCGGAAGUCAGUCAUUCUUGGCAGGUGAAUCAACCAAACUCUGUGUUUGGCGGCAUUGAGUUGAAGCCCUGGGAUGAACGUCAACGCACGCUGGAAGAAAUCCGCGUUGAGGUACAGCGGAAGUACAACGGUAUCAGCGGUCUGGAAAUAUUUACCUUUGCUGCAGGUGGUCUGCCCGGCGCUUCGUCUGGCUUGCCGCUGCAGUUUGUCAUAUCCGCUAACGUGGAUUAUCGCGAGCUGGAUCGCGUGGCAGAAGAAGUGUUAGGCAAAGCGAGACAGUCGGGUCUGUUCGCUUUCGUGAGUAAAGACCUGCGCUAUUCCCGACCCGAAAUCAGCGUGCGCAUUGAUCGCGAACUGGCUGCCAGGCUGGGAAUAUCCAUGGCGAAAAUAGGCGAAACGCUGCAGAUCAUGCUGGGCGAAGCGGAAACUAACCGCUUCAGUAUGGAAGGUCGCAGUUAUAAAGUCAUUCCUCAGGCGGAUCGCGGUUUUCGACUCAGCAAAGAAUGGUUGGAACGUUAUUACCUGCGCACAGAAAAAGGCUCGCUGGUACCAUUGAGUACGGUGAUUUCACUACAGCAGAACGUUGAACCGAGUACGCUCAGGCAGUACCAGCAGUUGAACAGCGUCACCCUGCAGGGGCUGGUGCUGCCGCCGAAUACGCUCGGAACAGGUUUAACAUUUCUUGAAGAGGCGCUGAAGGAAGUGGCGCCAACAGGUUAUCGGGUAGGCUAUCAGGGUGAAUCGAGACGUUUCAUCGAAGAGAGUCAGGGCUUUUUACUGCUGUUUGCCACAUCUCUGGUGUUUAUUUAUCUGGUUCUGUCAGCUCAGUUCAAUAGUUUUCGCGACCCCUUCAUUGUUCUGAUCAGCGUGCCGCUGUCUAUUUUCGGCGCGAUUGUGCCUCUGGCGCUGGGGUGGGCAACGUUGAAUAUCUAUACUCAGGUGGGUUUAUUAACGCUUAUAGGCCUGAUCAGUAAACACGGCAUAUUGAUUGUGGACUUUGCCAACAACAAAUUAGCCGACGGUCUGGACCGUCGAUCCGCUGUGCUGGAAGCUGCUGCUCUGCGGCUGCGACCGAUUCUCAUGACAACCUUUGCCACCGUGCUUGGCGUUGUGCCGCUGUUGCUGGCGUUUGGCGCAGGUGCAAACUCCCGAUUUUCUAUUGGCUUAAUGAUUGCUGCAGGUAUGGUGGUGGGCACGUUGUUCACCUUGUUUGUAUUGCCUACAUUCUACCUAUUGCUGGGUGGUAAACGGAAAGUCGAAGCACGCCGAAUCCCACAACCUGCGGUAAAUGUCCAUGGCUGA